UGUGAAAGGGUUUUCCUGCAGACCAGGCGUUUUUACUUGUGAUUAUUCGGUUCGGUGGGGAGGCGGGGAGACGCUGUGGUGCCGUGUGUUCCAGGCCCGGCCUCUCGUAUUGGUUAGAGAGUCCGGGUGCCCCGCUUUGUUCGGAAGGCACUGUCCUGUGAAUGUGAUGCGGUGUAGAUUUAUAGCAGCGUGGCUCGGAGUGUGUUUGCUGCCUUAGUCAGCUGUGAGAGCUCCCUGCUGGGGCCACUCCUGUCUGAUGGAAAAGCAGCAGCUGGGAAGGUGCUGUUUCAGGCUCUUGCUGUUUAAAAAAAAAAAAUGAGAGCGAGAGGGGGGAAAACUCCACUAAGUCCACAAGCUGGCAUUGGAGGGGGAGACCGCGGUCAUGUGGUUCUGGCCAUCCUACCCUCUGUCACAGUGUGGAUGAGAGCUUUUUGCUCUUAUCCAAUCAUGCCUGGAAUGCCGCUUGCCACUUGGGUUAUUUCUGCUAUCUGUCGCUCUUGGUGCCGCAGUGCUAACGGUUUGGCAGAUGGGACACUUUUUCUUGGAGUUUGUGUCUUUAGUUUUUGACUUCUGGCAGCGCCGGGCUUGUUGUUGCCGCUCGCCUUGUCCCUCCCUGCCCCCCUGGGCACCAUGGCCCAUCGGCUUCGGUUUCAUUUUGGCUCUGGGCGCAGCAACACAGCCCCCGAAUCAGAGAUCCUAGACCAGGAGAGAGAAGACGACUUUUUCAUGGCAUUCCACACCCUCCCGCGGAGGAGCGGCCCUCACCCCUUCGCCCAGAACGGAGCGGAGGACGGCGGCGGCGGCCUGCAGGAGGGCGUGGGAGCGCUCAAGCGAAGCACGUCCAUGUUCAUCCCGCAGCUCCUGAGCCCCGUCGACGCGCGUCCCACCCGCAGCUCGUCGGUGCAGAUCUCGCUGCAGCGCAAGGCGGCCGACGGGGCCCCCGACGGGUGCGCGCCACCCGAGGGCCCGGACGGCGACGCGGGGCCCCCGGAGCCCAAGGCCCCCGAGAGCUCGCCUCCGAGGGCAGCCAGGGUGGCGGGCCCCCAGGUCAACGGCACGUGCGGCCGCCGAGCGCUGGGCCCCGUGGCUGCCGAGGGCAGCGAGGAGGCCGAGCCGCAGGGCCGCCGGGGGCCCGAGGGCGCCGGGCUCCGCAUCCAGCACCGCGCCUCCAGUGCCGACGUGCGCCAGGUGAGGCUGACGCCCUUCGGGGCCGACGGCCAGAGCGGCCCUGCGGCGCCCGAGCCCCGGCGCUGGUCCCUGCAGCACGUUCCAGAUGCUUCUGGAAGUUCCGGGAAGCGGUGCUUUGUCUUCCAGUUGCAGCAGCCGCAACCAGGCGCGCCGGGGCUGGGCGGUGACUUCAACUUCGGUUUCACUGGCACGAAGGGGGACAGGUUGGUGAGGUAUCCCCGUAUCCGGCUGGAAAGGAGCACCUCGUACCCCACGCAGCCCCGAGCAGAGCGCGGGAGCCCCACGGAAGAGCGGGGACACCCGGAGACGCCGCCUCGGGGCCGCAGGGUGGCUCCCGAAAUCCACAGGGCGAAUUCCGUGGAAAGGACGCCACAGGGUCAGGGCUGCACGUUUAAGAUCAGGCAAGAUCAAAACGCGGGGCAACAGCAUUUUAGAAUUCUUGUGACUCGGGGGCCAGAAGAAGCUCUCCAGGACCCCGAGGAGAAUAAUGCCACCAGCCCUGGUUCUGCGGUGGCCGGAGCCCCGACGCGAGACGACUUCCUGGGCCAGGUGGACGUGCCCCUUAGCCAUCUCCCGACAGAAGAUCCGACCAUGGAGCGGCCCUAUACAUUUAAGGAUUUUCUCCUCAGACCAAGAAGUCAUAAAUCUCGAGUUAAGGGAUUUUUGCGAUUGAAAAUGGCCUACAUGCCGAAAAAUGGAGGUCAGGAUGAAGAAAACAGUGAGCAGAGGGAUGACAUGGAGCAUGGGUGGGAAGUUGUUGACUCCAAUGACUCAGCGUCUCAGCACCAGGAGGAGCUUCCUCCCCCUCCUCUGCCCCCCGGGUGGGAAGAAAAAGUGGACAAUUUAGGCCGAACUUACUACGUCAACCACAACAACCGGACCACUCAGUGGCACCGACCGAGCUUAAUGGAUGUGUCCUCCGAGUCGGACAGUAACAUCAGGCAGAUCAACCAGGAGGCAGCCCACCGGCGCUUCCGCUCGCGUAGACACAUCAGCGAGGACCUGGAGCCGGAGCCCACCGAGGGUGGGGACGGCCCUGAGCCUUGGGAGACCAUUUCAGAAGAAGUGAAUAUCACUGGAGACUCCCUCAGUCUGUCACUGCCCCCACCGCCAGCCUCCCCAGUGUCUCGGACCAGCCCUCAGGAGCUGUCUGAGGAACUGAGCAGAAGGCUUCAGAUCACUCCAGAUUCCAACGGGGAGCAGUUCGGCUCUUUGAUUCAAAGAGAGCCCUCCUCGAGGUUGAGGUCGUGCAGUGUCACUGACGCAGUUGCGGAGCAGGCUCAUCUCCCCCCGCCCAGUGCCCCAGCUAGGAGAGCACGUUCAUCAACUGUCUCGGGUGGUGAGGAGCCAACGCCGUCAGUGGCCUAUGUACAUACCACGCCGGGCCUACCUUCGGGCUGGGAAGAAAGAAAAGAUGCUAAGGGACGUACAUACUAUGUCAAUCAUAACAAUCGAACCACAACUUGGACUCGACCUAUCAUGCAGCUUGCAGAAGAUGGUGCAUCUGGAUCCGCCACAAACAGUAACAACCAUCUAAUCGAGCCUCAGAUCCGCCGGCCUCGUAGCCUCAGUUCGCCAACUGUAACUUUAUCUGCCCCUCUGGAGGGUGCCAAGGACUCACCCAUCCGUCGGGCUGUGAAAGACACCCUUUCCAAUCCACAGUCCCCACAGCCAUCACCUUACAACUCCCCCAAACCACAACACAAAGUCACUCAGAGCUUCCUGCCACCCGGCUGGGAAAUGAGGAUAGCGCCAAACGGCCGGCCCUUCUUCAUUGACCAUAAUACAAAGACUACAACAUGGGAAGAUCCACGCCUGAAAUUUCCAGUACACAUGCGAUCAAAGGCAUCUUUAAACCCCAAUGACCUUGGCCCUCUUCCUCCUGGUUGGGAAGAAAGAAUUCACUUGGAUGGCCGAACGUUUUACAUUGAUCAUAAUAGCAAAAUCACUCAGUGGGAAGAUCCAAGACUGCAGAACCCAGCUAUUACUGGUCCGGCUGUUCCUUAUUCCAGAGAAUUUAAGCAGAAAUAUGACUACUUUAGGAAGAAAUUAAAGAAACCUGCUGAUAUUCCAAAUAGGUUUGAAAUGAAACUUCACAGAAAUAACAUUUUUGAAGAGUCCUAUCGGAGAAUCAUGUCUGUGAAAAGACCAGAUGUCCUAAAAGCUAGACUGUGGAUUGAAUUUGAAUCAGAGAAAGGUCUUGACUAUGGAGGUGUGGCCAGAGAAUGGUUCUUCUUACUGUCCAAAGAGAUGUUCAACCCCUACUAUGGUCUGUUCGAGUACUCUGCAACGGACAACUACACACUUCAGAUCAAUCCAAAUUCAGGCCUCUGUAAUGAAGAUCAUUUGUCCUAUUUCACUUUUAUUGGAAGAGUUGCUGGUCUGGCAGUAUUUCAUGGGAAACUUUUAGAUGGUUUCUUCAUUAGACCAUUUUACAAAAUGAUGCUGGGAAAGCAGAUAACUCUGAAUGACAUGGAGUCUGUGGAUAGUGAAUAUUACAACUCUUUGAAAUGGAUCUUAGAAAAUGAUCCUACUGAACUGGACCUCAUGUUCUGUAUCGAUGAAGAAAACUUCGGACAGACAUAUCAAGUGGACCUGAAGCCCAAUGGGUCAGAAAUAAUGGUAACAAAUGAAAACAAAAGGGAGUAUAUCGACUUGGUCAUCCAGUGGAGGUUUGUGAACAGGGUCCAGAAGCAAAUGAAUGCCUUCUUGGAGGGAUUCACAGAACUGCUUCCUAUUGAUUUGAUUAAAAUUUUUGAUGAAAAUGAGCUAGAGUUGCUGAUGUGUGGCCUUGGCGAUGUGGACGUCAAUGACUGGAGACAGCAUUCUAUUUACAAGAACGGCUACUGCCCAAACCACCCUGUGAUUCAAUGGUUCUGGAAGGCUGUGCUGCUGAUGGACGCUGAGAAGCGCAUCCGGUUACUGCAGUUUGUCACUGGGACGUCGCGAGUACCGAUGAAUGGAUUUGCCGAACUUUAUGGUUCCAAUGGUCCUCAGCUGUUUACAAUAGAGCAAUGGGGGAGUCCUGAGAAACUGCCCAGAGCUCACACGUGCUUUAAUCGCCUUGACUUACCUCCAUAUGAAACCUUUGAAGAUUUACGAGAGAAGCUUCUCAUGGCCGUGGAGAAUGCUCAAGGAUUCGAGGGGGUGGAUUAAGCGCCCCCGGCCUCCGGUGGUUGUUCAUCGAGCAAGUCCCGCUUGCACGUUUGCAUUUGCCUGACAGACUUUGCAGAGACAGUGGCAGAAGAGCGGUUGCACAGGCGGCUCCUGGAGCAGAGCCUCCACCCGUGACUUGCCCAGGUUCACACGUGGAACCCAGUCCUGGGUCACGUGCCUGCGUUUUCCACCGCAAAUUAUCAACUGGUUGAUGUGUACACUAAUUACAUUUCAGGAGGACUUCUUCUAUUUAUGUUGUGCCUCUGUAGGCAAAGCCCUUAAUAAAUAUUUUACAUACUUUAUAAUGACAAUGAAUGGAAUUAAUCACUCUACAGGUAUAGUAUUACAACUCAUGUUUACUUUUUAAAAUGAUUUAGACCGAUUUUCAGAUUUUAUUUCAUUACGAUUAAAGAUGUCUCAUGUACUUGGAAAAGUGAGCAUAUUUUUUUUGUAUUUGAAUUUCAUACCAGGUUUAAUGUCAGUGACGUUUUUAUUUUUGAAGUACUUUGACACCCUGCCCUCAACUUUAUUAGAAUUGGAAGACCGAUUUUUGUCCAAAAACCUUCUACAGACAAGUACUUUGAGAGUAUUUAAAACAUAACAUUAGGCGUAAUGAUCAUUUUUUUCCAUACUCAGAGUGAAAACAAACUGGAUGUUACAUUUUUUUGUACAAAUUUAGCAUAAUAGCUGCAGGCUGAGAGAAUUGUAACAUAGCAUGACAAAUUUUGUGUUGACUUGGAGGAAUCCCGCCAUUAUUCCUUAGCCGUGAUUACGUGUGCUAGAACACAUUUGAGACAGGGUUGACUGUCAUUUCUCGUCAGAGAAAUACUUAGCCCUUCCUGAUGCUGUACAGUCCUUCUUUUCUUCUAUUUUCCUCUUCGCUGUUCGUAGUAGAGACGUUUGAAUGAAACUUGGCACGGCUUGAUUUGAAACUGUGGAAACCAGAUCUGUUUAGUCUCUUCUUCGUACGCGUUUGCUAAUGGUAGCUAAAUAACCAAUUUUUGUUCUAACUGCACCAAUUCUGAAGGCACUUUAUGUACUACAUGGAGGUCAUAUCUGGUUUUGUUUAUGUUUUGUUUUUUUAUCAUAGACAUUAAAUGUGAUGAUGAUUUCUUCUUCCUGCACACAUCUUUCCGGUGCAAUAUCUAUCAAUUGUGAAUCUGGCUGCUGGUGUAUAAAAUCUGGAUGUAAAGCUGAGCCUACA